CAUUACACUCUCUCUUCCUUCACACUUCCUGCCACAGUGGUGGCUAGAGAAGUACAGACCUGAGUAUAAUGGAGACCUCUAGCCUCUAAUCAUGGGCACUAAAGGGGAUUGCAGACUUGAAGGGAUUGAACCAACUACCUGCAAGUCAUGGGCAUUCAAUGUUUUAAGGAUGGCCAUGUUCGCCAAAGCAUAAUGGAAGAUGUUGAUGAAACCACACUGUUGAAACAAAUGGAGUGGGAGAAAAUACCUCCUCCUCCAAAGCCAAAGAAGCCUGGACAGGUGAAAAACAGUGUAAUGAAUGAUGAUGAAGAAAACAUAUUGAUGAAACAGAAACUGAAGAAGGAAAGGAAUAAGAUACAAGAACCUCUUCUUCCACCCCAAACAAAGCAUCCAGAGUGGUUCUGCAUCCCCAGUAAAACUGUGCCUGCAACACGUGGGAUCCAGUAAGUAGGAGAGUCCUCACAGGGAAGAAGGGAAGGAAAUUCCUAGGAUGCUGGGGUGAGGGUACCCCAGAAGAAUGACCAGGCAGCAGGCUUGAAGAGCAGCUACCCAGAUUACACAGUGGUGCAGCGGUCCAUGAAAAAAGCAGAGUUGACGGAUUAUCCAAGUUUUGGUGGAAAGUUUGGGAUAAAUUAGUACAAACCAUGGCAAUCAAGAGCUCCAGGAAAAACAGACAGGAAAUGCAUGAAAGGCUAUGUCAUAGCAAUAUGCCAUGUUGCUAAGCCAUGGACAGGAUAUAAUCACAAUGAUGGAAGCCCUGAAUACUUAUUGAACCAAAAACUGUGAUGCUAUAAUCAUAUACAGAGGAGAGCAGAAGGAUGGGAACAGGUAAAUCUUCACUUCAUGAAAAGAAGUCAAGAGGUAAUAUCUAAAAGAGAAAAUAAUUUUCAAUAUAGCAUGUUAUAGAGGUAAAUCAUAGGAGAAAUAUACAGAAGAGUUAAAAAUAGUUGUCUCAGUGAUGGGAGAUUCUUUUGGGAAAGAAUAAGACAGGAAAUGCAUACUGUCCUUUUUUAUUAAUUAUAAUUUUUAUAAUUAAUUUAUAAUUAUGUUUAUAAUUUUUAUAAAUGCUAGAUUAUAAUUAUUCAUAAUUUUUAUAAUUAAUUUAUCAUUGUAAGUUUUUUUAAACAAGGUACAUGAAGUUCUUUUUUGUUGGUGGUUUUUAGUUUUGGUUUUGGUUUUUAACUUUUAUUUUAGGUUCAGGGGUAUAUGUGUAGGUUUGUUAUAUAGAUAAACUCGUGUCACAGGGGUUUGUUGUACAGAUUAUUUCAUCACCCAGGUACUAAACCUAGUACUCAAUAGUUACUUUUCUGCUCCUCUCCCUCCUCCCACCCUCCACCCUCAAAUGGUCCCCAGUGUCUGUUGUUUCCCUUUGUGUCCAUAAUAAUUCUCAUUAUUUAGCUCCCACUUCUAAGUGAGAAUA